GUUUUGCUGUCCGGCAUCGCCUGAUUGCCCACACACUUGCAGUAGUGUUACAUUGGCGGCCGUCGCUUUUACUCCUGCAGCUUCAUGUAUAUGGUGCCAUGACAGUCCUUAUUUCAAGGGAACAUUUAAAAACACUUAAAGCCAGUGUUUAAACAAUUUUAGAUUUGCAUUGGGAGCGAUCUAAGUCAACUAAGGGACGUUGGGACACACCGUUACAGUCUGGCGGAGCAGCACAUUAACACCAAAAUGGCAACCCCCUAUGUCACAGAUGAAUCUGGAAAAUAUAUUGCUGCCACUCAAAGACCCGAUGGAACGUGGAGGAAGCCGAGGCGAGUGAAGGAUGGCUAUGUCCCACAGGAGGAAGUUCCAGUUUAUGAGAACAAAUAUGUGAAGUUUUUCAAGAGCAAACCGGACCUGCCUCCUGGGCUGAGCCCAUCGGAUGCGGCUCCUCCAAAGCAGCAGCAGCAGCAGCAACAAAAGAUUCCUGGUGCAGACGGAGAGAUGGCUGGCCUCUCUAAGUCGGCGAAGCGCAACAUUAAACGCAAGGAAAAGCGAAAACAGCAGCAGCACCAGAGCCACAACGGAGACGCAGAUGUGGAAUCUGUGAGCGAUGCUGUGGAGAACGUCUCAAUUUCCAAGGGCAGCGAAUCCUCGGACAAGGCGGCAGCGCCAGUUGCUGCCUCGCCUCCCGACGAUCCAUCAGCAGCAGCAGCCGAGAAGGCCAAGAAGAUCAAAAAUCUGAAAAAGAAGCUGCGACAAGUUGAGGAAUUGCAGCAGAAAGUGGACUCAGGGGAGAUAAAACAGCCAACGAAGGAUCAGCUGGAAAAGUUGGGCCGGGCAAAGGCCUUACAGGAUGAGUUACAGCAGCUCGAGCUUGGGUCUUGAAGUGGGAAAGGUUGGCAGAAGAUUCAGACUGAACAGAAAAUAUAGAAUGAAACACAAGGAAGGGACCUUCGCAGCUCAUUCAUCAUAGUUUCCAUUCAACAAAUAUUUGAUAUUCAUUUUGAUAUAUGAACUUUGAACGUGAACACAGUCCCAGCACCUACUAAGCAGAUGAGAGCGGGGUGGCUCUGUAGGCACCUCAACUUCAAGCUGACAGGUUUUCUACAUUGAAGCAUCUAAAUAUCACAAUGUGACUGCUAUUCAUUUACCUGUAUUGGCCAUUCAGUUUUGAAUAUCCAUCAAAGACACCGUUGUGAAUCGUUUUGUGCAUGUCUGUCUUUUCCAUUUUGUUCCAUCUAAAGCGUCACAUACUUAAUAAUAACCUGUCUUUUGUUCUGUCACCUGUUUUGGGAACUGAAGGUUGUUCAGUAGUUACACUGUAACUCAGACUCUAUACAGACUAUGACACCAAAACAUCGUAUUUGGAUAUUGUGGAAACAACAAUACGAGGGAUAACGCUAAAGAUAUGCUAUAAUUUUGUUUUUGUGGACAUUUCACCUAGAAAAACCAAAUUAAUCCAGCAACUGGUAUUGUCUGUGUAUUCUAAGCUUCCUAUGUGCCAUAAUGCUCCAUUGUCAUUCAAAUAUUAUUAAAAACACACAUUGUUACACAA